AUCCCAUGAAGUCGUUAGCACUGCAAAACACCAUUCAUAAUCUACGUUGUUGCGUUCUAGAAUCACUUUUGGUUGCAAAAGUUCAGAGAAGAGAAAUGGCAUCAGGACAAGACAGAGCCGAACUCGACGCCAGGGCUAGGCAGGGAGAGACUGUGGUUCCUGGUGGAACCGGAGGCAAAAGUCUCGAAGCCCAGGAACACCUCGCCGAAGGGAGGAGCCGAGGAGGAAAUACAAGGAAGGAGCAACUGGGAAAAGAAGGGUACCAGGAAAUGGGAAGGAAAGGUGGGCUGAGCACCAUGGACGAGUCAGGCGGUGAGCGUGUGGCUCGGGAGGGUAUUCCAAUCGACGAGGACAAGUUCAAGACUAGAAACCAUUAGUUUACAUAGAUUUGCUUGUAUUACUGUCCAUGUGGUGUUUGUUUUGUCAAGCAAAGCAGUGAGAGUUAUGUUUAGUGCAACCACAUAUGUUGUUAGGUUUGGUUGCGUUCUUUUAGGGAUGUUGGUUAAGACUAUUGUUUGUUGAUGUGUUUUCGGAUAUGAAAGCAUUAGAUCCAUAGUUUGCUUCUGGA